AUGGGAGAGGUGGCAAAGAUAACUGAAUUGAAACCCCGUGCAAAAAUAGAAAAACGCGACUUGGAUAGCCUUACAACAGAUGAUGAGGUAAGAGCGGCAGUAAGAAUUGCACUUUCUGGUGCAAAUACCAGAGAACAACGGAGAGCCUAUGUAUGCAUAUCAAGCCAAGCUGCUAAAACACUACAAAAGACGGAACGUAUUCGUGUGGGCUUAGUAAGAUGCAGAAUUAAACUCUUACAAGAUGUAAAACGCUGUUACAGAUGCUUCGAAACAGGACAUCUUCAAUACGAUUGCAAAGGACCUGACAGGAAAGGUCAAGGCCUAUGCAUUCGAUGCGGAGAAACCGGACACAAGCUGAAAGAGUGCACAAGGCCGCCAAAAUGCUGCAUUUGCGCAAGUAAAGGAUACAUCAAGGUGGACCACAUACCGGGUUCCCAUAAAUGUGAAACUAGCAAAAGGAUAUGA